UUUUAAAUUUUUCUUUCUUUCUUUGAUGGCAGUUCUCAAAGAGCUUAGAAAUCCUCUUUGUUUCCAUAAUAUGCUAAACUCAUGUACAAUCCCAAAAUAGUGUCUGUGUCCUGUUUAGACAUUAACAGACUUUCCUGAAACAAUCUUAAGGGUUCUGUGAAAGCUAUUAAUUCAGCCAUUUGGACUGAAGUAGCUUCAGGAAUAGUUUGACUUUCAAGGACUUCAUUAGCAGUUGUGAUGGCAAACCCAUCUCUGAGUGAGCUCUCAGGGGACUGGGCCUGAAGUAAGAGCUACACCAAAAUAAAACUGAGUUCCAGCUAAAGGAGUGGCUAUUACAUCUUUCCAAGGCAUUAGAAGCUGUUCAGCCAUGUCCAAAUAGCUCUCUAUAGGAUAGUUGUCCCUGUCCGCUUCAGGAAGGAGGUGGCUGGUUUUAAGCAAAACACAUAGUGCAAUUUAAUGUUAGAAGCAGUCAUAGAAGAGAAUUUCAUACGAGGUGUUGAGUCAAGGUGGAAUUCAUGCAGGAUAGAGACAAUAUAAGGUACACAAACAUCUACUGAAUGAUCUCGUACAAAGUCUGUGGGUGCUCUGUACUAGUGUAAUAGUAGCAGCCACAGCCCAGAAGCAGAGAUGGUGUCCUUGAACUACAGGAUCAUUCUGUAGGUUCUAGUAAACCAGAGAUGUCUAAUAACCUCCAUGCUUCUGAGGCAAUACAUCUAAAGCAUUUCCAGAUACUUCAUGCCCCAGUAAGAAAACAAAUCUAAGUGAUAAUGAAGGAACCCUAAAACAGGUGUUUUUGCCAGAGCAUCUUUUUAUUUGUCUAUGGCCUCCUGACCUUCUGGUGUAAUUUGGAAGGAAUGUGGUUCAUAAGCCUUUUAAAUAUUUUUUAAAUAAGGUCUGGGUUAAAAGAGAAAAUUUGGGAAUCUGGAUCUGGAUUCUAUAAUAGCUACAAAGUCCAAAAAAAAAUCCUUGUAAUUAUUUCUUUGUUCUAGGAGUAAUGAAAAGGCAAAGGUAGACUUUUGUUUAGGUUCCAUACAGAUAGCUAAUGGGGGAUUAUGGAGCCCAUGAAGGUCACAGAGGUCAGGGCAGUUCUAACUUCUGGAAACAGCCAAAUGCAGAGCAAUGCCCUCAUCACUGUGAGCCUGCUGUGAGGUAGCGCAUACUAACAAAUCAUUUACAUAGGGUAGCAAUUUGAAUUUUUGCACAAACUGCAAAAGCUGCACAUCUGCAUGGAGAAUUUAGAAGAAAUGGGAGAUUCAAUGAAUCUUGUGGCAUUACAGUUCAGAUAAAUUGCUGCUUUUUCCCUCAUCCCUGGCAAAAAGCAAACAAACACUGUCUUUCCAGAUGUACAAGAAGAAAUAUAUAUACAAAAGAUCAAUCACUCUAAAAAAGAAUAGCAUUUAGGGGGAUAGUGAAAAGCAGUAAAUGAGUGCUUGGGAAAACUAGAAACCUUAGAAAUGGCAUGCAGAUCCUGGACAAACCUCCAGCCCUUGUUAUUUGGUAUCUUAGCCAGAAGAACAGGGGCAUUAUAAGGGCUGGGACAGGGGGUGUUGGACCUAUAGAAAGGAAAUCUUGGUUAAUGGAAACUAGUUCUCUUAACUUCGGCUUUAGGGGUUAUUGGUGUAUCUUUGCAAGCGUUUAUAAACAAAUCUAUUUGAAUCUUAAUGCACUUGGUUAUCAAAAAUUGGCCUUCAUCUCGAGACGUGAUGGUUACCUUGAGGAGAAAGAGCCUAGGUGGGGCUACCUCGGGCAUCUGGAGAGGUUACGCAGCCCUGAUAGCCGACUGGCCUGUGGUGGUCUUGGGCCUGUGCACCGUGUUUAUCGUGGUCUGUGCCUUGGUCGGCGUGUUAGUCCCAGAGCUUCCCGACUUCUCUGACCCAUUGCUGGGUUUUGAGCCCAGAGGGACCGCAAUAGGCCAAAGACUGGUCACUUGGAAUAACAUGGUGAAAAAUACUGGAUACAAAGCAACAUUGGCAAAUUAUCCUUUCAAAUAUGCAGAUGAGCAAGCCAAAAGCCAUCGGGACGAUAGAUGGUCAGAUGAUCAUUAUGAACGAGAAAAGAGAGAGGUUGACUGGAACUUCCACAAAGACAGCUUUUUCUGCGACAUUCCAAGUGAUCGAUAUUCCAGAAUGGUAUUUACUUCAGCUGGAGGGGACACAUUAUGGAAUUUACCUGCAAUCAAAUCAAUGUGCAAUAUAGAUAAUUCAAGGAUCAGAUCCCACCCCCAGUUUGGCGAUCUCUGCCAGAGGACCACUGCCGCCUCCUGCUGCCCCAGCUGGACGCUGGGCAACUACAUCGCCAUUCUGCACAACAGGUCGUCCUGUCAGAAAAUCGUGGAGCGAGACGUGGCUCACACCUUGAAGCUGCUCCGGACCUGUGCCAAACACUACCAGAAUGGCACGCUGGGGCCAGACUGUUGGGACACGACGGCCAGGAGGAAGGACCAGCUCAAGUGCACCAGCGUGCCUCGGAAGUGCACCAAGUACAACGCCGUGUACCAGAUCCUCCACUACUUGGUGGACAAGGACUUCCUGGCCCCCAAGACGGCCAGCGACGCCUUGCCAGCUUUGAGGUACAGCAUGCUCUUCUUGCCCACGGAGAAAGGGGAGAGCAUGAUGGACAUCUACUUGGACAACUUCGAGAACUGGAACGCCUCUGACGGCGUCACCACCGUCACCGGCAUUGAGUUUGGCAUCAAGCACAGCUUGUUCCAAGAUUACCUGCUGCUGGAUACCGUGUACCCUGCCAUCGCCAUCGUGAUUGUCCUGUUCGUCAUGUGUGUCUACACCAAGUCCAUCUUCAUCACCCUGAUGACCAUGUUCGCCACCAUCAGCUCCUUGAUCGUGUCCUAUUUCCUCUACCGGGUCGUCUUUGACUUUGAGUUCUUCCCCUUCAUGAACCUCACCGCCCUCAUCAUCCUGGUGGGGAUUGGCGCCGACGACGCGUUUGUCCUGUGCGACGUCUGGAACUACACCAAAGUGGACAAGCCUCACGCCGACACGGCGGAGACCGUGAGCGUCACCUUGCAGCACGCCGCCCUCUCCAUGUUUGUCACCAGCUUCACCACGGCAGCGGCCUUCUAUGCCAACUACGUCAGCAACAUCACGGCCAUCCGGUGCUUUGGGGUGUACGCGGGCACGGCCAUCUUGGUGAAUUAUGUGCUGAUGGUCACCUGGCUGCCAGCCGUGGUGGUCCUGCACGAGCGGUACCUCCUCCACAUGUUCAGUUGUUUCAGGAAGCCCCGGCAGCCGCUGCACGACACCAAGAACUGCUGGACGGCGGCCUGUCAGAAGUGCCACAGAGCCCUCUUUGCCAUCUCCGAAGCCUCGCGGAUUUUCUUUGAGAAAGUCCUGCCGUGCAUUGUCAUUAAGUUUCGCUACCUGUGGCUGUUCUGGUUCCUUGCCCUGACCGUGGGCGGGGCCUACGUGGUGUGCGUGAACCCCAAGAUGAAGCUGCCCUCCCUGGAGCUCUCGGAAUUCCAGGUCUUCCGGUCCUCCCACCCUUUCGAGCGCUACGACGCCGAGUACAAAAAGCUCUUCAUGUUUGAGCGCGUCCACCACGGAGAGGAGCUCCACAUGCCCAUCACGGUGAUCUGGGGCGUGGCCCCCGAGGACAACGGCAACCCCCUUAACCCCAAGAGCAAAGGCAAGUUGGCUUUAGACAGCACUUUUAACAUUGCCAGCCCGGCCGCCCAGGUCUGGAUCCUGCGCUUCUGUCAGAAACUGAGAAAUCAGACAUUCUUCUACCAGACGGACGAGCAGGACUUCACCAGCUGCUUCAUCGAGACAUUCAAGCAGUGGAUGGAAAACCAAGACUACGACGAGCCGGCGCUGUACCCCGGCUGCAGCCACUGGAGCUUCCCCUACAAGCAGGAGGUUUUCGAGCUGUGCAUCAAGAGAGCCAUCAUGGAGCUGGAGAGGAGCACCGGCUACCACCUGGACAGCAAGACCCCGGGGCCCCGCUUCGACAUCAACGACACCAUCCGGGCCGUCGUGCUGGAGUUCCAGAGCACCUACCUCUUCACCCUGGCCCACGAAAAGAUGCACCAGUUCUACAAGGAGGUCGACGCCUGGAUUGCAAACGAGCUGCGCGCCGCGCCCGAAGGCCUGAGCAACGGCUGGUUUGUCAGCAACCUGGAGUUCUACGACCUCCAGGAUAGCCUCUCAGACGGCACCCUCGUGGCCAUGGGGCUCUCGGUGGCUGUGGCGUUCAGCGUGAUGCUGCUCACCACGUGGAACAUCAUCAUAAGCCUCUACGCCAUCCUGUCGAUCGCCGGCACCAUCUUUGUCACGGUCGGCUCGCUCGUCCUGCUGGGCUGGGAGCUCAACGUCCUAGAGUCCGUCACCAUCUCCGUGGCAGUCGGCUUGUCCGUCGACUUCACUGUCCACUACGGGGUGGCGUACCGCCUGGCUCCGGACCCCGACCGUGAAGGGAAGGUCAUCUUCUCCCUGAGCCGCAUGGGCUCGGCCAUUGCCAUGGCCGCCCUGACCACCUUCGUGGCGGGGGCCAUGAUGAUGCCCUCCACCGUGCUGGCGUACACCCAGCUGGGCACCUUCAUGAUGCUGAUCAUGUGCAUCAGCUGGGCCUUUGCCACCUUCUUUUUCCAGUGUAUGUGCCGGUGCCUUGGGCCACAGGGGACCUGUGGCCAGAUUCCGUUACCCAAAAAACUACAGUGCAGUGCCUUUUCCCAUGCCUUGUCCACCAGCCCCGGCGACAAGGACCAAAGCAAAGCGCAGACCACGAGUGCGUACCAUGUAGCUCCCAAGGGCCAAAACGCUGAAGAGGAACGUGAGUUUUAUGAAUUGGAACCUCUGGCAUCCCACAGCUGUAACGCUUCUGAGAAGACGGCUUAUGAAGAGACCCACACCUGCUCUGAAUUCUUCAGCAGCCCGGUCAAGAAUCGAGAGAGGCCUGCACGCGCGGCGGCGUACGGCAGCGAGCCCAGCCCGAGCACCCCGGGCGAGGCUGGCGCCAGCUUGUUACAACCACCCGGUGAGCAGCGCACCCUGUGCCAGCUCCUUUCCCUGAAUCAGGCAUGUGGCUGCCCCAACACCUACCAACAUUUGAAGUACGGCCCGCAUUCCUGCCAGCAGGUGGGGGACUGCUUGUGCCACCAGUGUGGCCCUUCCGCUGCCAGCUUUGUCCAGAUCCAGGGCGGCAUAGCCCCGCUGACGGCUGUGCACCAGGGCCCUGAUGGCUUCGGGCACCCUACCCCCCACAUCCACCACUGCCCCUGCCUGCAGGGAGUGGGGAAGCCACCUGGGCUGCAGAAUUCACUGCCGAAGAGUUUUUUCCUCUACCCAGUGCAGCACCUUCAGACCCCAGGAAAUCCCGGGAGGAGCGGCGGACACAGUCCUCAGAGCGAUGAAGAGCAGCUUCCAAAGAUGGCCGAGCCAUCGGCCUUUUCCCGCCAAAACACUAGCUCUUCAACGAAAGCCUGUGGUGAUACCACCGAUGCUUGGCAAAGGGGACUCCGUCAGAAGAGAGACGCUGGGACUUCAGAGGGCAGUGGAGGGACUGAAAGCACGGAUUCUGACCGCGAGCAGCUGAGCUGCAAGGCUGAGGGAAAGGUGGGCUUGAGCCUGCCGCGGUCUGACCCCACUGUGAGCUCAGACCCUCCCGAGCAGAGCGAGCCAAAAUUGCUGUUUCGCCGUUUCGUGGGGGAGGCUGGCUAUGUGGCCUGCCCUGACAAUCCGCACGGCUGUGGCCGAAUCGUGAGAGUGAAGUGCAAUUCCGUGGACUGCCAGAUGCCAAACCUAGAUGCCAACGUGCCUGCUGUGUUAACACACACGGAACUUUCUGGCGAAAGCCUGUUAAUAAAAACGCUUUAAUAAAAACUAGUAUCAAACCCAGAACCAGUGCCUCAGUCUUUUGAAAUGGGUGAAAUCCAGAUCUUUAGAGCAUGAACCCCCAAAACAGCCAUAUAGAUAUAUAUAAAAUCUUGUCCUAUAUGUGUUAAAAUUAUGGAAUGUAGAGCAAACUUUAAUGAACCAACUGGUAAAUCUAAUGAGGAAUGUUGAUUACUAUUGAAGGUUUUUUAAAAGUGUAAUUGUUUUAUACGUUUAUAGCUAGUUUGAAAAAAACAAGCAAACUCUUACUCCCCCUCCCACAUCAGUGAGUGGAGUUAGAGCUUGCAUCAGUAGGUUUCCGAUCAGCCCUGUUUGUCUCGGACCCCACUGUUGGGCCUUUGGUUGGCAGCAUUCAGGCCUCUGGUAGCUCGACGUAAGUAUUAGGAAUCGGCCUAGUUUAAAUAGGGCCACUUCGGUUUGAAUUCAACCUUAAACAACUAAACCACAUUAAGCUUGCCUAUGUUGGGAGAGGCCUUACUGAAAAUCUAGUUGCCAGGCAUUUUAAUCGUGGGUUCCUCCUGUUAGUGGUCUUUCCAGGAAGCCAGUGAUGCAGUGACACCCAAUGGGUGUCUUUGGCCGGUUUGCCAGUACUGACAUUUGUGUUCCGGGGUGACGCUCGCCAACUUGGGAAUCCUGGGCAUCGUCCUGUGCCACAGAAACACAAGUAUGAAUCAACGGAAGUGUUCCAAACUACCUAGGAGGCUGCGUUGCACAUUGACAACAGUGGACCUCAAUCCGAUGGCCCGAGCCCCUCGAAGCUUUCAGUGGGGGUACUUGUUCUGUGAGAAGCUUUGCCUCCAUCUCUUCCGACAAGGGGACAAGCUCAGGUGGCUGCCCUCUCCUGCCUGGGUGAG